GCACUCUGCACUUGCGUCCCCCUAGUUGGCCAGCUUUGAAUAUAACUCUCGACUUUCACCCAAACCUAGAUAAAUCAUCCACCAUAUCAUUCAAUCUCACGGCGAAGCUCUAUCCAGGACAUCGACCGUAUCACCUAUCCUCGAAGUAUACUGUUGUCAACACUAGCACACCAUCACCAACGCUAAGCGAGACCAAUGCCGCAAAUUCAAUUACGCCUCAGGACCCCCAGCGGCCAAACCCGCCUCGAAGUCGACGACGAGUCCAUCUUGGAAGACCUGGUGGUACAGAUAAGGACGGCCACCAAGAUCGACAAGUUCUCGUUGAAAUAUGGCUACCCCCUAAAAGAUCUCGAUAUCAGCGAUGAAGCACAGAAAGUCGUCCCUCUCAAGGACCUCAAGCUGCGCGGAGAGACAAUUGUCGUGGCUCCUCUGGAAAGCGCUGCUUCAUUACCUGCGGCAGAGCCAGAAAAGCCCAAGUUUACACCAAAGGGCAUCGAGCCGGACGAGACGUCCAUUGAGUGGCCUGAAAGAGGCGGAUAUCUUGUCCUCCGCGUAAUGCCCGAUGACAACAGCUGCAUGUUCACAGCAGUAGGCGGCGCCCUCUCCAUCGCCAACCCGUCCGCCGUCCUUCGUUGCCAAGUAUCCGACUACAUCCUCUCCCACCCCACCGAGUACACGGCCGCGAUCCUUGGCUCCCCGCCUUCGGUCUACGCCUCCCGCAUGCUGCAGUCAGACGUCUGGGGCGGCGCCAUUGAGCUGUCCAUCCUCUCGGACAUUUACAACAUUGAAAUCUCGUCUAUCGACGUCAAGUCCCUCCGAGUUGACCGGUUCGGCGAGGGCAAGAGCCUGAGAAUCCUGAUUCUCUACUCGGGCAUCCACUACGACCGCAUCGCCUUUGCCAUGGAUCUGAGUUAUCCCGUCGAGGUGGACGUGACGAAGUGGAGCACGGAGGACGAGGAGGUGUUGGAUAAGGCGAGAAAGUUGGCGGAGCAGCUGCAGCGGAUGCAUUAUUAUACGGACACGACGGAUUUUGUGAUCAAGUGUGAGAUGGAUGGGUGUGGAUGGAUUGGACAGGGGACGAAGGAUGCGGCGAAGCAUGAGAGGGAGACGGGGCAUGGGAGGUUUGGGGAGAUGGAGAUUAAGUGAGGAUGAGCAGGGAGGAAGGAAAAAAGAUAGAAGCGAAAAUGGACAAAGGACGGGGCAAGAAAGGUGAAGGGGAUGAUGGGAGGGGGGCGAUGUGAACAA